AUGCCUCCAAUAAGUUACAAACCACUGUCACUGUCUGAAGACGAAAUUCACACAACAGCUUCUAAUGAUAACCUGAUAACACCGUCAUUAUCUAGGGAUUCGAUUCCUGAACCAACCCCUCAACGAUCCUCAUUGUUUCAUAAGCCUUUAUCUAUACUCCGCAAAUAUGGUAAGUUCAUAGGCCCAGGUUUAAUGGUCUCGGUAUCAUAUAUGGAUCCAGGUAAUUAUAGUACAGCUGUUGCUGCAGGUUCAGCGCACCGUUACAAGUUAUUAUUCUCUAUUUUAGUAUCCAAUUUCAUGGCUGCAUUUUUCCAGUGUUUAUGUGCAAAACUGGGUGCCGUCACAGGUUUAGAUUUAGCUCAAAAUUGUAAGAGACAUUUGCCCCCAGGAUUAAACAUCACUCUUUAUAUCCUUGCAGAAAUAGCUAUUAUAGCGACAGAUUUGGCCGAAGUGGUUGGAACAGCCAUAUCUUUGAAUAUUUUAUUCGGAGUACCUCUAGCAUUAGGUGUCGUAUUAACUGUUAUUGAUGUUCUGAUUGUGCUAUUAGCAUAUAAGCCAGGAGGAGAUUUAAAAUUAAUCAGAUACUUUGAAGCAUUUGUUUCUCUUUUAGUUGUGCUAACCGUAGCAUGUUUUAGUAUAGAAUUAUUUUAUGCUGAUGUGGGAUCCAUGAAAGAAGUAUUUUCAGGAUUCUUACCAAGCAAAGCCGUCAUUGACGGAGAUGGAUUAUAUUUAAGUUUAGCCAUCCUAGGGGCUACAGUGAUGCCUCAUUCUUUAUAUUUAGGUUCUGGUGUGGUUCAACCCAGAUUAAGAGAUUAUGAUAUUAAGAAUGGUAAUUAUACACCAGAUGAAAUGGAUAUGGAUAACAAUCAUGAUAAUUACAAACCUUCCUUUGAUGCUAUUAAUGAAACAUUACAUUAUACAGUGGCAGAAUUAUUAAUUUCAUUAUUUACAGUCGCAUUAUUUGUUAAUUGCGCCAUAUUGAUCGUUUCAGGAGCUACACUUUAUGGAACUACCCAAAAUACCCAAGAAGCUGAUUUAUUUUCCAUUUAUGAUCUAUUGUGCUCCACUUUAUCCAAGGGUGCAGGUACAAUUUUCGUUCUAGCAUUAUUAUUUUCUGGUCAAAGUGCAGGUAUUGUGUGCACAUUAAGUGGACAGAUGGUUAGUGAAGGAUUCCUAAAUUGGACCAUUGCUCCAGCAUUAAGAAGAUCAGCCACGCGUGCAGUAGCCAUCACACCAUGUUUAAUCCUAGUAUUAGUUGCUGGGCGUAAUGGAUUAUCUGGUGCCCUAAAUGCAUCCCAAGUGGUUUUAUCAUUGCUAUUACCAUUUGUAUCGGCUCCCUUAAUUUACUUUACUUGUAAUAAAAACAUUAUGAAAGUACAAUUGAACAGUAAUAACAACUGCCAACAUGAUGCUCCACUUGCCCUAAAGAUGGACGGGAACGGUGAAAACAUCCCCAUGUACAACUUGGGAACGUCAAGCGAGAGCAAUGAAGUCGAGAGACAAGAACUAGAGGCACCUAUCUAUGAAGAUAUGAGCAAUGGGAUCUUAACCAUGAUUUGUGCCGUGUUGGUAUGGCUACUGAUCUCUGGUUUAAAUUUUUACAUGUUGAUCAGCUUCUCGACCGGUCAAGACGUUCAUUUCUAA